AUGGGGUUUAUCGAAGAUUCUGGUGAGGACUCAGAUUCCGUCUUCGAAACUACCAUGGAGGAUUCCGUCGCAGGAGAUAUCUCUCCAAACAGGAUUGCGAGGGAAAUUGAACGCCAGGGCGAAGCCAACCAACAGCGCAUGAUGGAAAACCCCAAAUCGAAUGACGAAAGAGCGCAAAUGCGAGCCCUAUCUCAGCUAUCAAUUUCUACAAAGGGAUUUGACCCGCCACAGAGUUCGCGAAUUGUUGCCUUGCAGCAUACACCUGCGACGGAUGUAGCCGGGUCCUCUGGCAUUGCCAGCGUAUCUGAACUUCUCGGGAAAACGGACAGAGGAGAGAUCCAACCUUUAUCUCAGGCGUUAGAAAUGGAUCGGGUACGUGAGCAGCCCGGCCCGUUUAUGACUGUGGAAGCGGUAGAGGUUCCGCAGGAAUUACCCAAGAUGCCCGGACCGGUCAAAGCGCCCAGACAGUCUGAUACUGCCGGCGGAACUGGAUCCGCAUAG